AUGGUUGUCAAAGUCUCACUCGAGAGUUAUAAUAAAUUGUGGCCUGGUUGGGGAAAGGAGAUGGGGUUAAUGAUGGAUCUGUGGGGUGUUCUGAAAGAUCGCAGUUGGGCAGGACUCCCCGGUGAUCAUGUUCAGGAUACCGACGACUUUCUUUCGGUGGACGAUAAGAAGUCCAUUGUCAAAACAUGA